AUGUCUACUGAGCGAUCAUUGCCUACGACGAUGACUGAGGAGGUAUCUGGAUGGUGGCCUUCUGAAAGGAGUGCUAAAUCUCGAUUUAAGGCACUCCUUAGUCGCACAAAGCUGGAGAGGCUCACGAGACAACACAAAGUCGAAGCCACGGCCGGUCGUCCCAAUCUGCUUCAAUCUGUGCAUCCAAGACGGGGUGCUUCAGCUCCAUUGACCGCUUAUACGAAAGAACGCACUAGCGACACCAUUUAUUCAAGUCCAACCCUUCAGAUAUCGCAGCAACUCGAGAGGCAGGUCCGGCCACUGAAGACUCAGAAAAGCCUGGCAAGUAUCUGCCAGACAUGCCCACGACCACACGCCGAGCAAUCAGUCUAUGACGAGCCUGUGCCCCCUACACCUCUACCCUCGACGGCGUACAGGAAGACUUCUCGGAAUGUUUCGAGGUCGACCACGGAUUCAUCAGUCCACACGUUGAACAGCGUUGACCGUCUAACGGAGCCAUCCAUUUCAGAUGACCGCUCAAUCUACACCCCUCACACAAGUUUCUCUAGCUGCGUAAGUUCCCAUUCGUAUGCUGCCAGGCCUUUUUUUGCAGAUGCGGACAGUUAUGAAGUCCCAGUACCCGGCGACCUGCGGACAGCAAUCUCCACCCCCACUCCCAACGAUUCGAGAGUCUUGUGCACAUACAUGCCAACUCCAAAGAAGAACACCAGACAUUUGUCAAGUAUGACGACAGCGUUGGAUCCAGUGCCUGGGGCGAACACCCAUGAUCUAUUUGUGCAGAAGCCCUUACCACCCCUACCUGCGCCCCAGUCCCAGCAUGGCGGCAACGACAGACGCAUCUCCACCAUCGCCCCUUUGCCGGAACCGGGAGACAUCAGAAAGACUUCAGCUCGCUAUCGCUGUGAACCUCCUCAAGACGCCACUACUACUAGCCGAUCUGCCACGCCAACGUCGCCUUCUUCGAGGCCGUCCAGCAGUAGAAGCAAAAGCUCUUCAUGCACACAAGAUCUGGUGGUAGACGGGGGUCGAAGGAGGGCUGCAUCAUAUAGUCUCUUCCCGCGAACCCCCUCGACGGCGCAACAGAGGCCACCCUCAAAUAGUAGCAUACCCUCACCCAGACAAUCCACUAUAGCCACCACCCUCGCUUUACAGAACCAGUGCAGUCUGCGAUUCCCGAGGACACCUUCAACCGGGGGGACAGAGGACUUGACUCGUCCUCGACCACCGCCGCUGCCGCCGUCGAGAGACCCAAGGAGACACGGCAAAGUCCUGUCCACCGACACGGCCGUCGCUGCCGCUGCGGUCAUCACGACUGGACAGCCGCCCGCCUCAUACAUCUCAUCUGCGGAAGAUGAAGGCAACCCUCGACCGCCGCUGAGACUGGCAAAGACCUCACCAUGUCAACCCGUCCUUCAAAGGCAGAAGAGCAUGCCUUGCCUGCUCCGUCCUCGGACCCCGUCGUCGGGACCUCCUCCUACCGACCCUCUUCUGGCAUUACCAACAGUGGCCUCGAGGUGUCUACCGCCGCCUACUAAGAUUCCACCGCGGAAGAUGAAUUCAUGA